UUGAAAAAAAAAACAUCCUUCAUUCUCAAUCUUUUUCAACCUGUCUCAACUGCUAUCAUAAGAAAAGUUCUGCUUUUUUGAGGAUUCCUUCCAUAUAUAAAGAAAACAAUGGGAAAAGAUGCUGCGAGAUCAUCGAAACCAAUUCAACUAAAAGUGUUUAUCGACAACAAGAAGAAAAAAGUAAUGUUUGCAGAGGCAGAAGAAGACUUUGUCGAAAUCUUGUUUAGUUUUCUCACUUUGCCUCUUGGAACAAUCGCGAAACUUUCAAACAAGCAUGGAGACUCAAAGGACCUUAAAUUUGGAAGCUUGAGUUCUUUAUAUGAAAGUAUCGAAAAUCUUGAUAAUAAGCAUUUCUCUAAUGAGCACUGCAAGAUUGCACUCGUUAAUCCGACCAGUUCUUCAGUUUCUCUUUGCCAGAAGCUCAAAGUAAAUCUAAUGGAUGACAAGAAGCCGGUUGAUGGUCCUGUAGAUGAACCGGUAUUUGUCCAAAAAAAGGCAUCUUUCAUUAUCACGGACGAUCUCAAUGUUGUACCCGUUUUGCUGGAUAGAAGCAUCGUCCUCCUUAAUUCUCUUGGUGUCGAAUACAUUGAUUUGCUAGAAGAGAGAACCAUAAUGAAUUUUGGUUUUGAAGAGUUUUCGGAUCUCCUCAAGUGGUCAUUGGUGUCGAAUAAUCCUUUCACAAAUCUAGUGUUAGGGGCAAGUAAACCAUGCUCAUGUUUACCCUGCAUCAAAAGUUCUACAUGGGGUAACUUGCCUUUGGUUUUGGGUCACUCCAGUGAGUCGCAAAAGAUAAAAUUAUUAGUACAAAAAUCGACAAAGAAAGUAUUAUGUGCACAAGUUGAGAACUUUUUUGUGGAAAUGCUGUUCAGUUUCCUAACGAUCCCGUUAGGUACUGUAAAGCGUUUGACAGCUGAUAACGCUUCUUCAAUGGGUAUCGAUAAGUUGUAUGAUAGUAUCUCAAGGUUGGGAGACGAAAAAUACUUGAAAUAUGAGGAGACUAAGACCAUGUUACUUUCCCCAAAGAUUGCAGCUAAUUAUCUUCGUGUGACUGACUUGCUUCCAAUAUAUGGAAAAGAUACAAGUUCAGGUAGUUUCCUUAAGGGACAUGGAACGUUCAUCGUAUCUGAUGAUCUGGGAGUAACGGUCUCACGUUCCUUAUCAACUAUUUCUAAGUUCAACGCACUUGGGGUUCCUGUUGGUGAUAUUGAAGUGAUGGAAGUAAGCAUUGGUGAACAAGAGGCACUUUUGAUUCUGAAGGCUUCUCUUACUUCAACAUCGGCCUUAACCAAUUGUCUGAACGCUUUUAAGAAGGCGAAAUCAUUGAUAUGAAGUCCUGAUUUGGUUAUAAUCGUAGUAUAAAUAUAUUCGUUGACAUUUGUGUGUGUGUGUGUGUCAUAUGUAUUGCAUAUAUAGUAGUGUUUGAUCGUAAAUAUGAAACAAUGGUUGUGGAUAGUAAUAUAUUGUAUACAGUAUACUUAUCAGUGAAAUUUGCUUAU